AUGGGGGAUAGCAAAGCAGCAUUGCCAACUGAGCAGCCAGCCGCCGCCAACACUACACAGACUCAUGACAAAGGUGGCACAGCGACUUUCGAUGUGGAUGAUCGCCCCUCUACAGAGAGCGAGGGAGAGCAGGACCACCUCCGAGACCAAGCUUGGGGCCGGGAAACCAAGGUCUUCAUCUGGAUCGGAAUGGCCUUGAUGUGGACCAUCUUUGAGCUCGAUAACACUACCGUGUACAACUACCAGAACUAUGCCACCUCCGAGUUCGAGUCCAUAUCCUACCUGGGCACGCUGACCACAGCUGGCACCAUCUUGUCUGCUGUACUCAAGCCACCCAUUGCAAAGCUUUCUGAUGUCAUUGGGAGAGCCGAGACCUAUGCCAUUACCGUGAUCCUAUACAUCCUUAGCUACAUCCUGGCUUCCUCUUCUCAUGCCUUCGAUCAAUACUCGGCCAGCUACAUCAUCUACUGCGUCGGCCAGACUGGCAUGCAGAUCCUCAACCAGAUCAUCGUCGCCGACAUCACCAACUCCCGCACCCGUGGCCUUGCGAACGGCUUGAUCAACCUCCCUUUCAUGAUCAUACCCUGGAUCGCGGCCUUCAUAGUCGACUCGGCACUUGUCACCGUCGGUUGGAGAUGGGGCAUUGGCAUGUUCGCCCUCAUCCUCCCCGCGUGCGCCAGCGCAGUCAUCGUCCCGUUGGCCCUCUUCCAACGACGCAUGGCUCGCCUCGGCGCCCCAGCACGACCCAGCCUCAACGUCCGCUCCUUCUUCUCCCACAUCGACAUCAUCGGCGUCGUCCUCCUCGCCGGCGGCUUCGCCUGUGUCCUCCUCCCCCUUUCCCUGGCCGGCAAUGCCCCUUCCCGCUGGAGCACGCCCUGGAUCCCCACCCUCAUCGCCGUCGGCAUCAUCAUGCUCAGCGCCCUCCUCUACUACGAAGGCAAAGUCGCCGCCCACCCCGUCCUCCCCCUCCGCUUCCUCCGCAACACCACCCUCGUCCUCGCCUGGGUCAUCGGCACCACCGACUCCUUCGCCUUCUCCGCCACCCACACCUACAUGUACGCCUGGGUCGUCGUCGUGCACGACUACAGCCCCCGCAACGCCACCUUCCUCACCUUCACCGCCGGCUGCAUGCAAGUCCUCUCCGGCGCCCUCUGCGGCCUCCUCAUGUACCGCACCCGCCGCUACAAGUGGCUGCUCGUCACCGGCGUCUGCGUCCGCCUCGUCGGCUACGGCGCCAUGCUGCGCCUCCGCGGCAGCGCCAACUCCACCGCCGAGCUUUUCGCCGUCCAGCUCCUGCAGGGCUUUGGGUCUGGCAUCAUCCUCACCAUCGUGCUCGUCGUCGCGCAGAUCGUCGUCGUCCGCGCCGAACUCGCACAGAGCACCGCCCUCAUGCUCCAGUUCAUCUACCUGGGCAACGCCCUGGGCUCCGCCGUCGCCGGCGCCAUCUACACGGGCCUGUUCCGCGACCGCAUCGCGCGCCACGCGCCGAAUCUCGCCUCCGCGCAGGUCGAUGCCGUGUACAACACGAUCGCGGCCUCCGAGGAUGUGUUUUCGCCCGAGGAGGUUGUGGCCGUGAAUAAUGCGUACAGUGAUGUGCUGCGGUACAUGACGCUCGUGGCGCUGGUGGCCAGUGCCAUCCCGGUGAUUUGUGUCUGGUGGGUCAAGGAUUAUCGCUUGAGCGAGAGGCAUAAUUUGGCGGAUGAGGUGAGGAAGGGAGACGAUGCUGUUGUGCGUGAGGGGGAGCGGGGGUGGAAGCGGUGGUGGCGCACGGGGAAGUGGUGA